CGGCGUGGACUCCGUUUCCCGUGGUGCCGCGCACGGGGGAGCCCGGCCGGGGCCUGAGGUGGGGUCGCGGAUGCCGCCGGCGCUGCCGGGCAGCCAGGCCGAGCCGGGCCCGCGCUGCGAGGCGCUGCGGCAGCGGGAGUCCCGCGCGCCGGCCGAGGGGCGGAGCUGCCGCCCUGAUCCCGCGCCCGCUUUGGCCGCCCUAGGCGGUGUGGUUGGAGGGUGGGUCGCGCUGGCCUUCGUCACCCUCCUGGGCUUCGCUUCCCGUUUCUACCGCCUGCAGCAGCCGCCGCACGUCUGUUGGGAUGAAACUCAUUUUGGCAAGAUGGGAAGUUACUACAUUAACCGGACCUUCUUCUUUGAUGUCCACCCACCCCUGGGAAAGAUGCUAAUAGGACUCGCUGGUUAUCUGAGUGGGUAUGAUGGCACAUUUCCUUUCCAAAAACCAGGGGACAGAUAUGAGCAGCAUAACUACAUUGGCAUGAGAGGGUUCUGUGCAUUCCUUGGUUCCUGCCUGGUUCCCUUUGUCUACCUCACAGUGCUGGAACUGUCCAAGUCAUUGCCAGCAGCAUUGCUGUCAGCUUUCAUCUUGAUUUUUGAUACAGGUUGCAUUACACUGUCCCAGUAUAUUCUGCUUGAUCCCAUCUUGAUGUUUUUCAUCAUGGCAGCUGUGCUGAGUAUGGUCAAAUAUAACUCCUGUGCAGAUCGGCCCUUCUCUCUCCCUUGGUGGUUCUGGCUGAGUCUGACUGGGGUGAACCUUGCUGGAGCGAUGGGGGUGAAGUUUGUUGGCCUCUUUGUAGUGAUCUUGGCUGGACUGAACACGAUUUCUGACCUGUGGGAUUUGCUGGGGGACCUCAGCCUGUCACUGGUCAUGUUUGGGAAACACUUGCUGGCACGAGCGCUCUGCCUCAUCCUGCUGCCUCUUGCCCUUUACAUGGCUCUGUUUGCUGUUCAUUUUGCAGUAUUAAAUAAAAGUGGACCUGGUGAUGGCUUCUACAGCUCUGCCUUUCAGUCCCGGCUGAUUGGGAACAAUCUUCACAAUGUCUCCAUUCCAGAGCAUCUGGCAUAUGGCUCUGUUGUCACAAUGAAGAACCUGCGAAUGGCAGGGGGGUAUCUUCAUUCACACUGGCACCUGUACCCUGAAGGAGUGGGAGCACGUCAGCAGCAGGUCACUGCCUAUUUACACAAGGACUUGAACAACCUGUGGAUUAUAAAGAAAUACGAUUCGAACGCAGAUCAUUUGGACCCGUCUUGUACUGUGGAGUUUGUGAGACAUGGAGAUAUAAUUCGGCUGGAACACAAAGAGACUUCCAGAAAUCUUCAUAGUCACCAGCAUGAGGCCCCCUUGACAAGGAAACACUUUCAAGUCACUGGAUAUGGAAUAAAUGGAACAGGAGACUCCAACGAUUUCUGGAGGAUUGAGGUGGUGGGCAGGAAGUCUGGGAAACUCAUCAAAGUCCUACGAAGUCAAAUCCGACUGACCCAUGUGGCCACAGGGUGUAUAUUGGGCUCCUCUGGGAAGACGCUUCCAAAAUGGGGCUGGGAACAGGUGGAAGUCACUUGCACUCCGUAUCUGAAGGAGAAUCCCAGUUCCCUCUGGAACAUUGAAGAUCACAUCAAUCCUAAGUUGCCUAAUAUCAGCCUGGAUGUUUUGAAACCGUCCUUCACAGAGAUUCUGCUGGAGUCCCACAUGGUUAUGAUCCGGGGUAACAGUGGCCUGAAACCAAAGGAGAAUGAAGUCACAUCCAAACCGUGGCACUGGCCCAUCAAUUACCAGGGCCUGCGUUUUUCUGGCAUCAAUGAGACAGAUUAUCGGGUUUAUUUGCUGGGAAACCCGGUAGUCUGGUGGCUGAAUCUAGUCACAAUCGGAGUGUACUUCCUAAUGACAACUUCCACCGCUGUGGCCAUGAAGAGGGGAGUUCAGCAAAUGACUGAACACAGAGAACUCUUCCAAGUCUUAUUGCGAGGUGGAGGGCAGAUUAUGCUGGGUUGGCUCCUUCAUUACCUCCCUUUCUACAUGAUGGGCAGAGUCCUUUACUUUCAUCAUUACUUUCCUGCAAUGCUUUUCUCCAGCAUGUUGACAGGAAUUACUUGGGAUACACUACUGAAAUUCUGCACUGGGCACUUACUGUCCAGCACCAUGGCUCGGAGGGUGUAUACAUGUGGGGUGCUGACGCUGGUGCUGCUCAUUGUCUACAGCUUCUACCUCUUCCAUCCAUUGUCCUAUGGGAUGGUAGGACCCAUGGCCUCAGAUCCCAACAGCCCAAUGGCAGGGCUGAGGUGGUUGGAAUCAUGGGAAUUCUAGACCCAUCAAGAAGCAACCUGGAACAAGGGAAUAAAAAAUGCAAGAAUUGCUAAAUGUUAUGCUGAUUCAGGGACACUUAGAGGCAAGUGGCUGCAAAAUGUCCACUCUGGAGAACUUGGAGGAACCUGCUUCCCUCAGUGACCCAAUGUGUCAGUGUUGGUUUGCACAGAUUGUCUUGGCAGGGUUGGGAUAUCACAAACAGGGUGCUCUGAAUAAUGGAAGUGGAACAUCUGCUGCUUUAAAACCUGGGUCAUUUGGGCAAUGCAGAACUCUUUACGUUCAAACAACUGUGUCCUGUCCUGCAGUCACAUCAGAGUGAGUUGAAAGAUUCUUGUAUUUGUAUAUGCUAGAGGUUGUACGUAUAUGUGUCUGUCUGUCUUUGCUCAUGAGAAUUACUUGAGUGCAGGAAAGAACUGACUCUAGAAUGCACAAUGCUCAGACACACUAAAGAUCUUUUCAUUUUUAACAUUAUAGCAGUGGAUUUUUUUAAAAAGGUUUAUGUAAAUAUCAGCAAAUAUCUGAAUAUCACUUUGCCCUGGCGCUUUCCAUUUCACUGUGCCUGGCAGGUUCAGCAUCAGAUCAAAGUGUCAGCCAUUGUGCCUUGUCUAUUUCCCAGGCCAUUUUACAGACAGAGGAGGUAAAGAUUGCUUAUCCCAUGAUAUUACUUUUCUUUCUGGACCCCUGUAACCAUUGAUUGUAGUAGCUGGGUAGUUACCUGGAAAGCCUCUGCUACAAGCCAGACUGUUCUACCUCAGCACUUUACAAAUCAGGCUCAAGUUGCUUAGAAGCUCCAAAGCUAAUUACAGUGGAAACAGCAUGUUUUUUUAUUUCCUGCCCUGGGUUCUAUGAUGUAAGGACCUGUCCCCUUGAAACUGAAUGAUAAGCUAGAAACCUUGCCAGCAGCUCACAUUUGUCCUUUGAUCCCAGCAGCUUCACUGUUAGCAACUGUGCUUUAUGCGGAGAGGCAAAGGCAUCAUCUUAAUGAAUGUGGUAUCUGCAAAGCUGGCUAGAUGUUGUGCUGCAUACUAGGCUGAGGCUCAGUUCAGACUUGCUGUCAUUUCCCUUUAACAAAGGAAAUGAAGACGUGUUCUGUUAAGCAGUUGCUUGGUAUUGUAACAGGAUAGCUUAGAGUGUCACAUCCCCCUCUAGAGGUUGACUUACCUUUCUUUGUAAGAGCCUACUACUGCUACCAGCUCCACUGAUAUAGAAUUGAUGUUUUUUGAGUUAACCCCUUGCUGAUAGUUCCUGGUAGGGGGUCAUUACAUUAAUUAGAUAUUGGGUUUAUUGAUCCCUUUUUAUUUGCAGUGGUAGGAAGUGCUGCCCUCUGGCCAAAGCAGGGCUGCAUAAAAGUGAUGUGUAGGAAAGGACAAAGGAGAGGGUUGAAAGGUUCCCCAGGUUCUGAUGGGAGCUAAAAGAACAGCUGUGGAUUGUCAGCUUGUGGCAAUAUGAUAGGCAGGUGUUGCAUUGCUGCAUUUGUGGUAACAUGAUGGGGCAUCUUACACCUUUAGUGAUGGCAUUUCUGAUAUUGUGAAUAUGUAUUUUCUCUGGGGGGAUCCCAUUGCUAUAGGGUCUGCAGUGCCUUCAAGGGCUCACAGAAGGAGGGGAUUGAUGCGAGGCACUCCCAGCAGUGAUGACUUAGUGUUGAUUUAGACACCGAUGGCAGCAAACUAGCACCUGGCUAUUGAGAAACAAGGAAUGGUGGGUAUCUUUAUAGAUAAAGUCCCAAAGGUAGUUUACACAUUUUAGCUAGAUGAUGUUUUAGGAAUCUUUGUUACUCCAGCAGAUGUGGAGGGGUAAAACUUCAGGAAUAGUGAAAAAUUGGUCCUGCUUUGUUCCUUGAUAAUGACUUCUGUUUCUCUUGCAGCAGUGAGAGAUUUUCUUGGAGUUAUGGCUCAGCUUGGGAUUGUUUGAUAGCAAAAAACUGUGCCUAACUUAUUUUCCCUGCUAGCUUCUAUGCUCCAGAUCCAAUACAGACAAGGGACUAUUUGUUUUUGAUGCCAGCAGUUUGCAUGGCUUGCACUGGGAAUCUAACUCCAGCACAAAAGUUAAGUCACUUCUUGGCCCUUUUGUACCCCGUGCAGCAUGAACUAUGCUCUGAAAAAAAUCUACAUAUCUUAUAGCGUCAGUCAGCCCCACACUGGAUUCUUUUACCCUUUGAGCUAGGAUAUUAAAGGGACUAUAUACAAAUACAAAGAUUCCCUGCAGCAUCCAACCUUUAAAUGGGUGUAAGUCUAGGAAGCAGCCUCUGGGCUGGAAGGUCAAAUGUAAACUGAAGGAACUUGAUAGUCUUCAAUAGAGAAAUGCUGAUUUACCUCAGCAGAGGAUCUGACUCUAAAUAUUUGUCUGUUGGAAAACUGAGGCCAUUGCUGAGCCUAAAGCAAGCAUGGGACCUGCAAAAUGGAGUGAUUUGUCUUCCUCUUGCAGUCAACAUAGACAUUCCUCCCAGAGCUGUGCAGGAUGUGAAGCAGGGUGUACAGUACUGCUAGAGGGAGCUGUGACUGUAGUGCUUCCAUUUGGACUGGAGGUCUCUCAAAGACCAUCUCUAAGCUUUCUUUUUGGGGUCUGGGCUGAAGUGCCUUGAUGGACACUACUUUGUUCUAGGACUCCCGUCUCUGGAAUAAAUUCAGGCUCAUCUUGAGGACUCUUUACCCAGUCAUGUGGAAGCCUAGUUCUUAUUGGUUUCUCAGGCUGCAUAUGCUGCUGUCUGGAGUAACUGUUCUCUUCAGAGUUUGCCAGGCUGGGCUCUGUUGUUGAAAUCUGCAGGCUUUGAAAUUCCUGUUCCUGCUCUUUCCUGUUCUUUACAUCAUAAACCUGUGCUUGUGCCUCUUCUGUCUUUGGAAGAUAUGUAGAAAGGCUCACAUUAAACACAUUCAACAUAGCUUAGGCAUUCCACCCAUCCACCUGAGGUUUCUGUUGGAAUUCACUGCUGUGUAUGCAUGUCUCCCCCUGCAAGAGUACCUGGAUUAAUUUCACAGAGCCAGGAACUCAUAUUUGUGGGAUAGGGCUACAGUCUUGAUAAGUAUUUGAAUGAAAACACCUUUUCAGGGACAGCUUUUUUCCCAUGGAAAGCUCACACUCAAGAGAGUAGCUAAUAGGUACACGACACAGUGCUGAUCACUAGCCCAGUCCAGAGAUGCGCUAAUAGGGAAGCCAAGAUCAGUCUGGUCCACAGCAGGUUGGUUGUUUGUUUUUUUUUUUGAAGUCUUAACUUGAAUUUAUAUUGAUGCACAAAAUGAAUGAAUGAAUAGGAUCCAGCUUUUUAUAUCCCUUCCCAUUCUCUUCACUUUCUGCAGUACUGGACUCCUUUCUAUACUGCUGCUUCAGUCAUUAAGCUAAGCCUGCCCCCAGCAUGGGCUGGGCUGCCAUGCCCACUUUACAUUCUCCUGAGAGAAUGAAUGCCUGUCACAGACACUCUUGGCAAAGGCAGUACUCCUUCUCUUGGAAGUCUGUAAAAAUGGAUUUUUAAGAGCAUUAUCAGAGUUCAAAGGGUGAAACUUGUAUCAUCGCAUAGAAGAGACUGUCUUUCUUGUCUAGGCCUUUGGGACUCUUGUCCAAAGUAUUUCAGAGAAGCUAACAGAUGGGUUCAUAUUUAUUCUUCUUAACUAUGUCUAUUUAUAGCUCAGAAAUAUUGUGGAGUCUAGUGGCUCAGACUCUGGAUGCAAUAAUCAGCAGCAUAUACAUGAACAAGUUAUGGGUACUGCUAGAACACUCCUUUUCUCCUCUAAUGUCCAUGCUGAAGUCCUGAGCAUGUAAUCUAUGAUAUACUUGUAUCUCCACCAACUGGAAGAUCUGGAUAGAACUUCCUCUUUCAGAGUGUGUCCAAUAUUUAAUUGACCAGAGGUGUGUCAUGUUGGGGGGAGUUUGGGAGAUGAAGAGUGUUAAAGUUUCAGGAAGUUCAUUCUUUCUGCCUGGUGAGGAAGAGAUAAGAGACAAGCAUACUGCUUCCACAGCAUGCUCAGCCCCUUCUGGGAGCCUUGAAAAUCAGGAAACACGGACUCAGUUGGUUCCGUCUCCUGUGGAGAACUUAGUGCCAGGCAGCAUGUUUGACCCUGAGUUUCUUCAUUUCUUGAAUAUGCUUCAUACGGUUAUGUUUGGGAGCCAUGGGCUGUUGACAAUCGCAAGUGAUGCCUGAGAAAGAGAGGAGAGACAUUGAUGCUGGAACUGCUACUGCCAUUUAGUGUGUGUUAGGCCUUAAAAUAUAGGGAGGCAGGCAGGUUUAUGUUACAUUAAAGGUAUAGAUUGGGCUCUGAUUUUAUGCAGAACUGAGUAGAAGUUUAGAGGUACAAAGAUGAUAUGUGUACUUUUGUAACAUCCUUCUGUAGUUUGAACCUUUCUUACUAAUGCUGCUAAUAUUAACUGCGUGUGCGUGUGUGUGUGUGUAUUUGACUCUCCUAAUUCUUUUCUGUUGCAGAGCAGUGAGGGUUGCUAAGUGUGUGCUGUACUAAAUGAAUGAGGGAGUGUCCACUUAAACCAGGAAUUAAUUUUGUAAAGGAAAUAAUGAAAAAUAGAGCUAAAAUAUGGACUUCAGUUUUGUAAUAAAUAGCUCUUCUUUCAAA